GGUGGCAGUAGAGCGCUGACUAACACUACCAUCCCCGUUGCAAAUAUAACGACGAAGAAGAUUGAAUAACAACAGUGCUGCUCUUUCUGAGAUCUAUCGCAGCGCAGCCAUCAAACGCUGUGAAAAAUGGACACAAGAGCCUUGAAGAACCCAUAUCAGGACUAUGAUGGGAACCCGGCGUCCACACAGGCUCUGUUCGACAGUCAGGGGAAGCUUACUGCAGAGUUUGCUCAGCGGCUGAGCAGUAAGGUCAGCGAGCUGCUGGCUUUCAUGGAAAAUGGGCUGAAGUCUGCUGACCCGAGAGACUGCACCAGUUACACCGGCUGGGCAGGCAUCGCUCUGCUCUACCUGCACCUCCACAACGUGUUUGGGGAGCCCUCCUUUCUCGUGAAAGCUCUAGAAUACGUCAACCACAGUCUGAAGUGUUUGACCCGGCGUCAUGACAUCACCUUCUUGUGCGGGGACACGGGGCCUCUGGCUGUGGCUGCUGUGGUCUACUAUCGCCUGCAGAGGCCGCACGAGUGUGAAGAGUGCAUCAACAGACUGCUGCAGUUUCACCAGACCGUAGUGAAAGGAGCGGGCGGGCUUCCCGACGAGCUGCUCUACGGGAGGAUGGGUUACCUUUACUCCCUCGUCUUUGUCAACCAGCAGCUGGGACAGGACAGGAUCCCGCUGCAGUACAUCCAGCAGAUCAGCGAGGCCGUGCUGGCGUCCGGUGAGAACCUGAGCAGGAAGUUCAGGGUCCAGAACGAGAGCCCGCUGAUGUACGAGUGGUACCAGGAGCAGUACGUCGGCGCCGCACACGGACUGGCUGGAAUAUAUUACUAUCUCAUGCAGCCUGGUUUCGUCCAGGCGGAGGACUGGGUGCAGAGGCUGGUCAAGCCCAGCGUCGACCACGUCUGCCGUCUCAAGUCCCCCACUGGGAACUACCCCCCCUGCAUCGGGGAUGACCGGGACCUGCUGGUGCACUGGUGCCACGGCUCCCCGGGCGUGAUCUACAUGCUGCUGCAGGCGCACCGGGUGUUCGGAGUUGCUCAGUACCUGUCCGACGCCCUCCAGUGUGGAGAAGUGGUUUGGCACUAUGGCUUGCUGAAGAAGGGUUACGGUUUGUGUCACGGAGCGGCGGGAAACGCUUACACCUUCCUGGCCCUCUACCGGCACACGCAGGACCCCAAACACCUCUACAGAGCCUGCGUGUUUGCUGACUGGUGCAUGAACUACGGCAGACAUGGAUGCAGAACCCCAGACACCCCCUACUCUCUUUUUGAAGGCAUGGCGGGCACCAUCUACUUCCUGGCCGACCUUCUGCAGCCGAUGAAAGCACGCUUCCCUUGCUUUGAGGUGUAGAAGCUUAGCCACAGGUAGCCCUUGAACGCACACAGCAAACAUAUAACAAGACGACAACAGGAAGAAUAAGCAACAAUCAUAGCUUCGGGCAUUGUGCCAUGUUUUUCCCUGCUAUCUGUUCUGCCACUUCACACGAUGAAUUCCUUCAAUCACACGUCGACUAAACACACUUACUAUCUCACACGUAUUUCAAGGGUGAGAGCCGCUCUAGCUUUUGUGUGUAAAUUUCACUAUUGCUUUAUAAACUCUGGCUUCUGCUUAGUUUGUUUGACUUUUAUUUUGCAGGUUUAAGCGAAAAAAUAAUUAUGAUUCCAUUAAUUUCAAAAUUUGCAGCUGUGGGGAACCUAAAUUGUGAUUUUGACUGAGUAUUAAAAAAGUGUAUCUUGUGUGGGUUUGAUUUGUUACAGCAGGACAUGAAUGCUUUGAGAUUUCUAUUCUGUUUUCUUAUUUAGAGAAAAGAAAAAAAAGUCAACAGCAAAGCUCGAAACUAAUGCACUAAAUAUAAUUCCUUACAAGCUCUGUCAUGUGUUAAAGGAUUAACCCCUGAGUGUAAACUGUGGCCUGUCCUUUGCACUGUCUGAGCAAUAAAUCGUGAGUCUUUUUACAGCU